CGGUUGUUUUUUCAUUUGCUUUUUGAUCUCAACAUUUAUUGAUGUGUUUAGAUUGAAAAUAUUAAUAAAUUCUGAUAGUGAAAAUAAAUAUAUAUUUCAAAAGUGUAUCAUUUAGUCUAGUUCAUUGACAAUGGCAUUUACAAAACUCACUUCUUGCUGUGGUCUAAGCUUGGAACAUGCUGGAUUGAUAAUUGGAUAUUGGUAUUUGUUUAUGCCGAUCUUUGUGAUGAAAUUCGGUUGUAAUCUUCUAGCUAUUGUGUUGUCGAUAACCUUAAUUCUCAGUGUGCCAUGGCUUUACGGUGUUUUGGGUGUUGAACCCACAUUCAUGUACAUGUCACUUGUAUGGACAAAAUUUUUGGUUGCGAUUAGUGCGAUGCUGUUCAUUACCUUUAGUCUGAUGGCACUUGAUGGUUUUCUAACUAACGACUUUCCUAGGAAUACAGAUUUUUUUUUAUAUUGCUCGAUUGUAUUGAUGUUGAUCACAGUUUUAGAAUGGUUUGUGGCAUCCGUAAUGAACUCAUUGUACAAAAACAUGAAAGAAACAGAACGUGCACUGAAUCCACAUGACGAUGUUGAAAAUGAUGAAACAAACACUUUCCAACCAAUUCUAUCCAAUUCAUAUAUUGAACGUCCAUUGUUGUGUUUGGAAAAAUGCACUCAAAAACUUAACGAAAUUGCUGAAAAAAUGUUGCUUAAAUUUGACAAGCAAUCAGUCCGAGAUGAUCCACCACCGUAUGACGCCAUUUGGAAUGAUUAUAGCACUUUAAUUGUACAAACUGAUACAGCAACUGUCGACGUCAUAACGAAUCAACCAAAUGAGCCAAAUCAAUCUCUUUAAAUUUAAUUUGUGAAAAACGAUAAACAUUUCUUCAACCACAAAGUCGAUCAAAUAUUAAUAAAUUUGAAAUAAAACAAAAUUUGUUUCAAGUCAA